UCGGUCUACAAAUUAUAGGGUUGUAUUGCCUCAUUUUAAUUGGAAAUUAAGCCUUAUGCACGACAAAAGAUAAACAUAUUGUACCUUACAGACUUGUUUGUUUAUUUUCCAGGGGCGGAAUAAUAUCAGGAAAAUAUAACCACAUAGAUUCACCUUUUGCCUAUACCUCGCAUCGUUGUAGUUUCUGGAGCUGCAUCCAUAUGUCUUUAUGCUUUGCCCUCCACAAGCCUAUAUAGCCUACGACAGCCAAAUAAUAAUGAAUCAUUUCAUAAAUAAUGGGUUUAGUGGCUUAUCAGGAACGAAGAGUCCGCUGCCGUGCGCUUAUCUCGCCUGGCCACAUUGCGCUCGUGUUCCGCUCCCCAUACUGAGCGGGCGCGCUGGACGCAGUGAGGAAUAACUCAAACCUCACUUCCAGUUCCACACUGCACUUCACCGGCACUAAAAAAAACCUCAGACAUGGAUGACCCACUCACAAAAUGGCUCCACUUUCACACUAGCAUCAACAAGACGUCGGGAACGUGUGGUGUUUUCGACAGCUGAUUUAUAGAGAGACAUUUCAUAGGAUAUAACUCCAACGUGAUGAAAUUAUGGAAAAAAUUAAGCUGGAUCUUUGUCCUGGAAGUCCCGGUGCCAAAUCAUGCAUCCCGCUGAAGCAGGAUUCCAUCAGGGAGAAUGGGUGCCAAGACCUGGAGGACUCGAAGGAGGGGAACUUCACUGGGGAAAGGGUUAAGACAGAUGACGCGCCUCUGCGGAACACGCGCAACGGGACCAUCAUCCUAAACGGCGUUGCCAAGGAAACCGCUUACGACGCCCUUGACCUGAAAAGGGAAGUACCAGUGAUCGAGCUCUUGAGGAGAGACGAUAUAAAGACGGGACAGCAGAGAACCGACAGUCAAACGGUACCGAUCACGGAGCUUCGCAGACCACCCGUGCCGUUGCCGCUGCCGCACCGAGACGCGCUGAUCGACGCUCGAAUGGUUCAGCUGAGCCCAAACGCGUUCCCUCUCCCGGCGCGAGCAAUGCUCUACAACUUGGCGCAACCUCUCGCUGCCAUCAACAGUCUUGGAGGGGAGUCGGAACAGUACGGCAUGUACCCCAGCAACAGGGUAAAGCGCCGUCCUGCGCCUUACGAGGUUGAGCUCGACGAGGCUGGCCAACCAAAGAUCGUAAGGCGGAUCUUCACCAACAGCCGGGAGCGCUGGCGGCAGCAGAAUGUCAACGCGUUCUCCGAGCUCCGCAAGCUCAUCCCCACUCACCCACCGGACAAGAAGCUGAGCAAGAACGAGAUCCUGCGUCUGGCCAUGAAGUACAUCAGCUUCCUGUCCAACCUGCUGGACGACCAGGACGGAGGGGCCACCAUGGGCGUGGGUGACGGGACAGGGCUGCUGGUGGGGGGCCGUGAGGGUGGACCCCAAGGCCCUCGUCAGGACGGGGUGGGACUGGCCAGGGAGGACGACCUCCUCCUCCAGGGCACGUUGUCGCCCGGGUCCAGCUGUGGGAGUCUGCCAGACGGGGACGGCAGCCCCGAGAGCUUCACCGAGGACCAAGACUCACCUCCAGCCACGAGAACUGUGCCCGUGCCGCGCGGUAGGGACCUACGACGCAAUGCACGCCCACAAGAUGGCGGCAGCCAGCGAUGACGGCGAUGAUAAUAGUGGUGGGGAUGGUGGCGAUGUGAUGUCGGUGAUGACAAUGGUGGAUACGGAGUUGGUGGAGUUGAUGGUGGACCGCAGGGAAACAAAGGGAUUGACUUAUGUCCCCAGAAGAGGGAUGACUCAAAUAUGGAUGAGUCUGAGAAGGGCCCUAGCAUCUCUGAGCUCUAUCUAAAGAACGGUGCUUCGGGUUCGGGGAGCAUGCUGAUGCCAGAAUUUCACUUCAUCAGGAUUCUAAUGUCCUUUUUUGGUCCUUUUUUGGUCAGUUGGUUAACAAAAUGAAAGACUUGUAAAUUCUGCAUGCUUCAUGCUGUCUAGGACCUCGGUUGAGGAACACCUCAUAUUUCCUGCAUUAUGAAUGCUCAAAUACAGUGUGCUUCUGUUACACUAUCAUGUUAUCAGUAUACAUCAUAUGUCAUCGUCAUAAAAGUCAUUGAUGCCAUGGUACCAGCAGGCGACGCAUCAGUCCACACCAGGAAAUGUCAAUAGGAAUGCCAUCAUGCUCUCUCUCACCUUGGGUUAAGAAUAAGAUCAAUCUUUACCAGUUGUCAAUGAGGGCCAUUUGAACUGUUCUGAAAGUUUACGACAACAACAUAACUGUUUCGCUGAUAGCAAUGGCUUGAUGCCAAAUCCUCACACAAAAAAAUGCACAUUUAAUCACACAUUGAAGACCAUUAUUAUUUGCUUUAAAAUGUGUUAUCUUUAGCAAGGAUUUAGCACUCUCAACACAUGAUCAAACAUGUACAUAUAACAUUAGCCUAACUUCUAAAAUAUUUUGACAGUGGUUCAUGUCAAGUGAUGUGAUUAGGCAGUUUGAUAUAGUGGCCUAUAUUUUAGACAGGGCUUUCAGGCAGGUGGCUUUUUGAGAAGGAUUCUGCUCUGUGCUCCUGAUGACAUACUAUUCAGUCAACAGUGGGUGAACAACAUGUCAACUAGUAAAUGAAUGUCAAACACAUAUAAUGAUAUAACAAAUGUGGUACCUUAUUUAUUUAUUUCCGCCACACAUGACUGAUUAGCGUCGAGUAAAACGACGCAGAGUAACAUGGCAACUGACCGUUAAGCGCGCACACACACACACACACACACAAAGAGGCACGCACGCACGCACGCACGCACGCACGCACACACACACACACACACACACUCACACACACAUAUCGAGUACAAUCUGUGUGAACAAUUUUGAUUUCUGAGACAUAUUGCCUAAGCAUGUAGAUGGACAUAUGUGCGGCGAGGUUGCUAGCAACUACAACAGCCACAGGUAUACAAAUUCAAAAUGAAUCCUGUCAAGAGGUACAAAUAGUAUUUCUGUAACUGAGAUCCAGUGAAAUCAUACGCUCACUUCCAACCAUUUUGUAUAUUAUAAAUAUCUAUUUUAAUGUUUUUCUCACUGUAUUGCAGUUGUGGUUUGGUAUGGUACACUAAGUAUAUCGCCUCCUAAAUACCCCCCUCCUUCUCUCUGUUGGGAUGAUCAACAACACCAGCAGUUUUAUGUCAGUAAACAGUGAGGUGUACAUCACUGUAGUUUGGUUAUUUCAUUACGGCUUUUUCAACAUACAUUUAGUAGCCUAUCUUGGUACCUUUGGUUACUAUUUUAUGAACUACAGUAAAGCGAAGGGACAUUGUAUGUUCUGUUUAGUAAAAAAAUAACAUGUUUGUUGUAUGAUAAAUAUAUCUAUGACUAUAUGCAAUGUUAACUUGAUGACUUUUAUAUAAAAUGCUGAAUAAAAUGAACACAGGAAAAGGCAACAAAAUACUGAUUAUGUAAUGUUAUAAAUCAUGUGUAUCACACUAUUUUUUUCCAGCGUU